AUGGCGCGACGAGGUACCAGCAAGUCGGCGCGCAGGAACGCGUCUCGAGCACAACAGAAGAAUCCUCUUGUGCUAGACCGCGAAUCGCUGGAUUCUGCUACAGAUCUGGGGGAAUACUCGCAAGCACUUGAACGCGCGGUCUACCGUAUGUUUGAGUAUGCCGAUUGCGAAGGCGUCGAGGUCCCGGACGAGAUCAUAAAGGGCGUAGUGGACAUGUGGACGAAACUGGCCGGGAACGCGCUUGAAGCGUACAAGGAGAACCCGGAGGACGCCGUUGAUCAGGCAAUGCGCAAUGAAUUCAUCCGAAAAGCCGAGCAAACUCUCGAGCGAGCUCAGAAUCUGCAGUUAAAAGGGAGUGAAGGAAGCGACGACCCGCCUGCCUACCAACUUGCCGAUCUGAUGGAAGACCUUGUGGUUGUUCCGCCUCCUACAAAGCCCGCCCCGGUCUUCAUCUCAGACGACCAGGCCAUGGGCUCGUAUGAGUUCUUGUCGCGCAUGUUAUCGGGUAGCGGCUCCAUUUCACGGCAUUGGUAUCUUGAAGCUGCCAACCUCGGCAGUCAACCAGAGAAGCCCCGAAAGAUUGGUCAGGGCCAGUGUGGCACGAUCCUUCUCCUCGGCUGCUCAGAGUGUGUGAUCAAAGUACCAAAUAGCGUGGCUAAGGAAAAUGAGUUGUACAAUGAUGCUCAAGUGCAUGCCGUUGUCAGCAAAGCGUUCAGAAGCGCGCCAGUUGAGCUUCGCUCUGACCUUUAUGUGCCAGAGUACAUCGGCUGGAUGACGCCCGCUAUGAAGGAGCGGUGGACGGCUCUUGCGACCGACUUACCCAAGGAGUAUAAUAUCAGCACGUGCACGUACGGUCUCGUCUCCCAACACAUUCCUCCACUCCCAGCUCCAGUCAGAUCCGCACUCGCCGACAGAUACUGUCCGAGGAGAUUUCAGCAAGCCGCGCGGGACAAUCCAGAGAACAAGGAUUGUCUCGUACGAUUGUACCUGGGCAAGCGAGAACCAGAGAGUCAUCAAGGCAGCUUCCGUCUCCGGAACUUUCCCCUGCUUAUCAACGACAUCGAGGAGCUGAACAUUGAUCCUCGCAACUUUGCUCGCGUUAUGGCCGAUGCACUUGCUGUCAUGCAUUGGUCCGCAAACAUAGACGGUAACGAUGUCGAGUUCGUGCUGGGCUCACCACCGGUGAACGGUAUACACUACGCAAAUGGAGUCGGGGAGCGGGAACUACAACUGAUCACUAAAGACUCUCCUCUACACCGAAACGCCGACGUCGACAGCAACGCGCAAACACUCACUAUGUGGCUGCUCGACUUCAACCAGUGCUCAUUCUUCGACCCUACGAAUUUCGGCCCGAACGAGCUGAAACUGCUUACGGACGCAUUCUGGUUCAACGAUCCGUAUUUUCCACGACCGAUUUCAGACAUUUCUGCCGACCAAGCGCUGUGGAGGGAGUUUGCAGACCGGUAUCUGUACGCGUCGAGCCGUCUUACCGAGUCUAAGGCGCCAGCGCAGUUCAUACAGACAAUUGAAGAGGAGGGAGCAAAGCGUCGGGCAAAAGUCGCGAAGCAUGGCAAGGACUCGCUUUUUGGAGCCUUGGCUGGCUAG